ACAAGAACGCUGAAAUCAUGUCGGGGAAACCUAAGCUGCACUAUACAAAUGGAAGGGGGAAGAUGGAGUCGAUUCGAUGGCUGUUAGCAGCAGCCGGGGUUGAGUUUGAGGAGGAAUUCAUAGAAACGAAGGAAGACCUAGAAAAAUUACGCAAUGAUGGAGUCCUCAUGUUCCAGCAAGUACCCAUGGUGGAGAUCGAUGGGAUGAAGAUGGUGCAGACUAGAGCCAUCCUCAGCUACAUAGCAGCAAAGUACAACCUCUAUGGAAAAGACCUGAAGGAGAGAGCCUGGAUUGAUAUGUACGUGGAGGGAACAACAGACCUGAUGGGAAUGAUCAUGUAUCUGCCUUUUCAGCCAGCUGACACAAAAGAAAAGAAUCUUGCCUUAAUCAUUGAACGAGCUACAACCAGGUACUUUCCUGUUUAUGAAAAGGCCUUAAAAGACCAUGGACAUGAUUAUCUUGUUGGCAACAAAUUAAGCUGGGCAGAUAUCCAUCUGCUGGAAGCCAUUUUAAUGGCAGAAGAAUGUAAGCCUGAUAUAUUGUCUGCAUUCCCUCUGCUACAGGCUUUUAAAGGAAGAACAAGCAACAUUCCAACAAUCAAAAAAUUCUUGCAGCCUGGCAGCCAGAGGAAGCCACCAACAGAUGAGAAGUUUGUUGCCAUUGUGAGGAAAAUAUUCAAUAUCUAGUUAUGAGGCUGUGGAAGAUAACACAACUGUAGUAUAUUACCAGAGCUGUGCCUUAUAAGUGUAAACUGCAUAGAUAUAUUCUGUAGCUUGUAUCCUAUAGCCAGUCACAUGAUAAUCGUUGAAACAGAAUACACUUUUACAUUAGAGUAAAAGGCUAAUUUGGACCUGUGAAGUCCAGAAAGUGGUAUUUCAUGGAGCAGUUGUUACAUGAAAUAAAAUAUGCUGAUACU